UAGAAAGUCUGUGGUCUGUAGCCCCAGGGAAAUUGAGUGGUUCCUAGGACACCCUGUUCUGUGAUUGGGAGUUCGAGGUGUAUUAUGAGAAUGCAGAUAUGUGAGCUGCCCUUGCAAGCUGAACAAGUCCACUUCAGGAAAAGAAGAAUAUAUUGCCACUUUCAAGGGAUCUGAAUACUUCUGCUACGACUUAUCUCAAAAUCCCAUUCAAAGCAGCAGUGAUGAAAUAACUCUGUCCUUUAAAACCCUUCAGAGGAAUGGACUGAUGCUUCACACCGGGAAAUCAGCCGAUUAUGUCAAUCUUGCCCUGAAAAAUGGAGCUGUCUCUCUGGUCAUUAAUUUGGGAUCAGGGGCCUUUGAAGCACUAGUGGAGCCCGUGAAUGGAAAGUUUAAUGAUAAUGCCUGGCAUGAUGUGAAAGUCACCAGGAAUCUGCGUCAGCACUCAGGCAUUGGACACGCUAUGGUAAACAAACUACAUUGUUCGGUAACAAUAUCAGUGGAUGGGAUUCUUACCACAACGGGCUACACGCAAGAAGAUUAUACCAUGCUGGGGUCUGAUGACUUUUUCUAUGUUGGAGGCAGUCCCAGCACAGCCGACCUUCCAGGGUCACCAGUCAGUAACAACUUUAUGGGCUGUCUCAAAGAGGUUGUAUAUAAAAAUAAUGAUGUAAGGCUGGAAUUAUCUCGACUUGCCAAGCAAGGGGAUCCUAAGAUGAAGAUACAUGGAGUGGUGGCAUUUAAAUGUGAGAAUGUUGCAACUUUAGAUCCAAUCACCUUUGAAACCCCAGAGUCUUUCAUCUCUCUGCCUAAAUGGAAUGCAAAGAAAACAGGCUCCAUAUCAUUUGAUUUCCGCACAACAGAGCCCAAUGGCCUUAUCUUAUUUAGCCAUGGCAAGCCAAGACAUCAAAAAGACGCCAAGCAUCCACAGAUGAUAAAAGUUGACUUCUUUGCUAUUGAGAUGCUGGAUGGCCAUCUCUACCUCCUCCUGGACAUGGGGUCAGGCACCAUAAAAAUAAAAGCCCUGCUGAAGAAAGUGAAUGAUGGAGAAUGGUAUCAUGUGGACUUCCAGAGAGACGGACGGUCAGGUACCAUUUCUGUCAACACACUGCGCACGCCCUACACUGCUCCUGGCGAGAGUGAGAUUCUGGACCUGGAUGAUGAGUUGUACCUGGGGGGCUUGCCAGAAAAUAAGGCCGGCCUUGUCUUCCCCACCGAGGUGUGGACUGCUCUGCUCAACUAUGGCUAUGUGGGCUGCAUCAGGGAUUUGUUCAUCGAUGGCCAGAGCAAAGAUAUCCGGCAAAUGGCUGAAGUUCAAAGUACUGCUGGAGUGAAGCCCUCCUGCUCAAGGGAAACAGCAAAACCGUGCCUUAGCAACCCUUGCAAAAACAAUGGCAUGUGCAGGGAUGGGUGGAACAGAUAUGUCUGUGAUUGUUCCGGAACAGGCUAUCUUGGCAGGUCCUGUGAAAGAGAGGCAACGGUUUUGAGCUAUGAUGGGAGUAUGUUUAUGAAAAUCCAGCUCCCAGUGGUGAUGCACACAGAGGCUGAGGAUGUGUCCUUACGGUUUCGAUCCCAGCGUGCAUAUGGCAUUCUGAUGGCAACCACUUCCAGAGACUCUGCAGACACCCUUCGCCUGGAGCUAGAUGCGGGGCGUGUGAAACUGACGGUCAAUUUAGAUUGUAUCAGGAUUAACUGUAAUUCCAGCAAAGGUCCCGAGACCCUUUUUGCUGGCUAUAACCUCAAUGAUAAUGAAUGGCACACAGUGCGUGUGGUUCGCCGAGGAAAAGGUUUAAAGUUAACGGUGGAUGACCAGCAGGCCAUGACAGGUCAAAUGGCAGGCGAUCAUACAAGGCUGGAGUUCCAUAACAUAGAGACUGGCAUCAUCACAGAACGACGGUAUCUUUCAUCUGUCCCCUCCAACUUCAUUGGACACUUGCAGAGCCUGACAUUUAAUGGAAUGGCAUACAUUGACCUGUGUAAAAAUGGUGACAUAGAUUAUUGUGAGCUCAAUGCCAGAUUUGGCUUCAGGAACAUCAUAGCAGACCCUGUCACCUUCAAGACCAAAUCAAGCUAUGUUGCCUUAGCUACACUGCAAGCCUACACUUCUAUGCAUCUUUUUUUCCAGUUCAAGACAACAUCCCUAGAUGGACUAAUUCUAUAUAACAGUGGGGAUGGAAAUGACUUUAUUGUGGUUGAAUUAGUUAAAGGGUACUUACAUUACGUGUUUGAUUUGGGAAAUGGUGCUAACCUCAUCAAAGGGAGCUCAAAUAAGCCUCUCAAUGACAAUCAGUGGCACAACGUGAUGAUAUCAAGGGACACCAGCAAUCUCCACACUGUAAAGAUUGACACGAAAAUCACAACGCAGAUCACUGCGGGAGCCAGGAACUUAGACCUCAAGAGUGACUUGUAUAUAGGAGGAGUGGCUAAAGAAACGUACAAAUCCUUGCCAAAGCUUGUCCACGCCAAGGAGGGCUUUCAAGGCUGCCUGGCAUCGGUUGAUUUAAAUGGACGGCUUCCGGAUCUCAUCUCAGAUGCUCUUUUCUGCAAUGGGCAGAUUGAGAGAGGAUGUGAAGGGCCCAGCACAACCUGCCAAGAGGACUCGUGUUCCAAUCAAGGUGUGUGCUUGCAGCAAUGGGAUGGCUUCAGCUGUGACUGUAGUAUGACCUCCUUCAGUGGGCCGCUCUGCAAUGACCCUGGGACAACAUAUAUCUUUAGCAAAGGUGGUGGACAAAUCACAUAUAAGUGGCCUCCUAAUGACCGGCCCAGUACACGAGCAGACAGACUGGCCAUAGGGUUUAGCACUGUUCAAAAAGAAGCUGUAUUGGUGCGAGUGGACAGUUCUUCGGGCCUGGGUGACUACCUAGAACUGCACAUACACCAAGGAAAAAUUGGAGUUAAGUUUAAUGUUGGGACGGAUGACAUCGCCAUUGAAGAGUCCAAUGCAAUCAUUAAUGAUGGGAAAUACCAUGUAGUCCGUUUCACGAGGAGUGGUGGCAAUGCCACAUUACAGGUGGACAGCUGGCCAGUGAUCGAGCGCUACCCUGCAGGAAACAAUGAUAACGAGCGCCUGGCGAUUGCUAGACAGCGAAUUCCAUAUCGACUUGGUCGAGUAGUUGAUGAAUGGCUACUCGACAAAGGGCGUCAGCUCACAAUCUUCAAUAGCCAAGCAACCAUAAUAAUUGGCGGGAAAGAGCAGGGCCAGCCCUUCCAGGGCCAGCUCUCUGGGCUUUACUACAAUGGCUUGAAAGUUCUGAAUAUGGCAGCCGAAAAUGAUGCCAACAUCGCCAUAGUGGGAAAUGUGAGACUGGUUGGUGAAGUGCCUUCCUCUAUGACAACUGAGUCGACAGCCACUGCCAUGCAGUCAGAGAUGUCCACAUCAAUUAUGGAGACCACCACGACCCUGGCUACUAGCACAGCCAGAAGAGGAAAACCCCCUACGAAAGAACCCAUUAGCCAGACCACGGAUGACAUCCUUGUGGCCUCAGCAGAGUGUCCCAGCGAUGAUGAGGACAUUGACCCCUGUGAGCCGAGCUCAGGUGGGUUAGCCAACCCAACCCGAGCAGGCGGGAGAGAGCCCUACCCAGGCUCUGCAGAAGUGAUUCGAGAGUCCAGCAGCACCACGGGCAUGGUCGUGGGGAUCGUCGCCGCUGCUGCGCUGUGCAUCCUCAUCCUCCUCUAUGCCAUGUACAAGUACAGAAACCGGGAUGAAGGCUCGUACCAUGUAGACGAGAGUCGAAACUACAUCAGUAACUCAGCACAGUCCAAUGGGGCUGUUGUAAAGGAGAAACAACCCAGCAGUGCGAAAAGCGCCAACAAAAAUAAGAAAAACAAAGAUAAAGAGUAUUACGUCUGAUCCCAAGAUCUUAAAUGGACACUUGUAUAGAAAUAGUCUUCAUUUUAUCUGAGACAUAAUAUGAACUUAUUUACUUUCCUUUUUAUGAAGCACAUACAAAAGAAGACAGGGAAUGCA